AUGGCGGCAAUUCGACAAUACCAGACAUAUUCAAUGCAGAUGCCCGUUCCGGUCGUGACGAACAUCGGUGGUCCAGGCGGCCCUCUGGCGAUGAUGCAGGGGGUGCAUUUUGCGGGCUUUGGCCACCAUCCGGCUGCCCACCAUUUUUACGGACACGGCCGUGCGCCCAUUCAACCCGAUCGGCCUUUCAAAUGCGACCAAUGCCCGACAGCUUUCAAUAGGAACCACGACUUGAAGCGUCACAAGAGAAUCCACCUGGCCGUAAAACCUUUCCCUUGCGAUUAUUGCGAUAAAAGCUUCUCGCGGAAGGAUGCUCUGAAGCGACACGUGCUUGUGAAGGGCUGCGGCCAAAAAAAGACUCCAGCAGACGGCGAUGACCACGGUCGUUCGCCCAGGAGACCAUCAUCUGACCACAGUGCUCCAGGAAGCCCAAGUCGACACAGGCGAGAGUCGUGA